AUGGUUCUGCCCAUAUACUUGUGGUGUAUGCUCUGCGGAGGGGUCAUCGAUCAGGCUGGGAAUCGCCUCGUCGAGGGAGCUCAGCCGGUCAAUGAUGCCCACGGAUACCGCCUCGUGGAUGCCGCAGCGCUGGAGGACAACUAUCUUUUGAAUGAAGAGCAUCAAUGGUGUGGGUUCCAUCGCAUAAUCACCCAUGUACCAGACACCGACAUUUACUAUCUCUCGGGCAUUGGAUAUCAAGCGUAUACCAAGCAGUGCGGUCUGUCCUGUUUCCGCGUGCCAAUUGAUCCCACCAAGGCCGUGAUCGGACUCGUCGAGCCUGGUGUGGAUGGCUUUCAGGUUCAUAAUUGCUCCUACAUCCCUCCCACUGCCGAUGGUCACGCCCCCGGGGCGAACAUUGGUUUCCCCAUCCACAUGCGGUGCUGGAGUCUGGCCAAGAUCAAGCUGGGCCCGGCCGUGGAGCAGAACCUGGGCCUCUUCUGGACCGUCCUGCGUGACCGAUUUGUCAGAUUGAUCGGGAAACUUGGCCUUCCCACCCCGAUCACCAGUCUCGAGCCUUAUAAAAUCCCCGGGAUCGUUCAAACACUCUCCCAGAACUUUGCGAGAACAACAGUCUCCCCUUCUGCCAGUACUUUCCCAUCCCGUCUCUCUUGUCUGCCGCAGGAGAUCUACUGGCCCAUCCUUGAUUGUUUGGACUGGCAGAGCUUCGUGAAUCUGAAGAAGGCCGUGGCAUGGCCCUCCAUGGGCGGGUACUGGCGUUGCCGCGCGGCCCUCCUCCUCGAUGAGGAUUUGGAUCCCAUUCCGGGACCGGAGCUCGACUGGGAGGCAAUCUGUCUGGAGCUGGAGCGGUUGGACGAAGUGGACGGUGUCUUUUGCAAUCGUCGUCGGAUACUGAGAGUUCUCAAAGACUUCCAGGUCAAUAUGCAACAGCUCAUAACCCGGCAGGUGGAUGUGUCAUGA